CAAUUUUGUACAGUAAUUGUUUCACCUGGAUUUUGGUCAAGGUGUGGUCAAAAACACAAAAACUAACAUCGCCACUCUGAGAGCUCUAGGUAUUUGGUGAUUAUUUACAGCUAUGGGGACAUCACAUUAUCUGGCUUUGUUGGUGAUGUGGGUGUCACUAACAAGAAGCUGUUACGGACUUGGAGAAGCAUGCACUGCUGAUGACUCAAGCAACUGUACUGGUACUGGAGUGGUUUGUCACAUCACAUGUGUUUGUGACUCAAACCAUUACCCCUCUAAUGGAGGAUGUACAGAAAAGAUAGACUUGGGUUUCUCAGGAUGUACCAAUGGCAAUGCUGUCAACGAGUGUGCUGAUGACAACACUGAGUGCAUCGCAGGUUUCUGUAAAUGUGUCAGCACUCACUAUGACAACAAUGGUGACACUUCUAGGGGAGAAUGUGAUAAAAAGAAAAAACUGGGGGAAGGCUGUUCAACAAACCAGGACUGCACUUCCAGUGACUCAAAUUCAGAGUGCAGUGGUAACAAAUGCCAGUGUCAGUCCUCCUACUAUGAUGACAAUGGAAACAACGCUGAAGGAACGUGUGCAUCAAAGGUUAACCUUGAAGGUACAUGUACCGCAACAACAUCAGGCUCCGGUGACCCAUGUAACACAGCGUUUGCAAUGUGUACAGGAAGUGAAUCGUCCUACACCUGUAAGUGUCAGGGAGGAUAUUACAAGUCAGAUGGAAAUACUUGCAGUAAAGUUGGGGUAGCUCUUAGGUCUAGCUGCACCAUACCUACUUCUGAAAGUGGAACAACUAUAACGGACGCCUGUAAAAUUACAUUUGCUGAGUGUAUGGCAACCAGUGAUGCAUCAACUACAACAUGUCAGUGCACUGCUACACACUAUACAUAUGGAUCAGAAUGCAGGCAAAAGAAAAAACUGAGAGAAGGCUGUUCAACAAACCAGGACUGCACUUCCAGUGACUCAAAUUCAGAGUGCAGUGGUAACAAAUGCCAGUGUCAGUCCUCCUACUAUGAUGACAAUGGAAACAACGCUGAAGGAAUGUGUGCAUCAAAGGUAAACCUUGAAGGUACAUGUACCGCAGCAACAUCAGGCUCCGGUGACCCAUGUAAUGCAAAAUUUGCAGUGUGUACUGGACGUCGAUCUUCCUACACCUGUAAAUGUCAGGGAGGAUAUUACAAGUCAGGUGGAAAUACUUGCAGUAAAGUUGGGGUAGCUCUUAGGUCAAGCUGCACCAUACCUACUUCUGAAAGUGGAACAACUAUAACGGAUGCCUGUAAAAUUACAUUUGCUGAGUGUAUGGCAACCAAUGAUGCAUCAACUACAACAUGUCAGUGCACUGCUACACACUAUACAUAUGGAUCAGAAUGCAGGCAAAAGAAAAAACUGGGGGAAGGCUGUUCAACAAACCAGGACUGCACUUCCAGUGACUCAAAUUCAGAGUGCAGUGGUAACAAAUGCCAGUGUCACUCCUCCUACUAUGAUGACAAUGGAAACAACGCUGAAGGAACGUGUGCCUCAAAGGUAAACCUUGAAGGUACAUGUACCGCAGCAACAUCAGGCUCCGGUGACCCAUGUAAUACAAAAUUUGCAGUGUGUACUGGACGUCGAUCUUCCUACACCUGUAAAUGUCAGGGAGGAUAUUACAAGUCAGGUGGAAAUACUUGCAGUAAAGUUGGGGUAGCUCUUAGGUCAAGCUGCACCAUACCUACUUCUGAAAGUGGAACAACUAUAACGGAUGCCUGUAAAAUUACAUUUGCUGAGUGUAUGGCAACCAGUGAUGCAUCAACUACAACAUGUCAGUGCACUGCUACACACUAUACAUAUGGAUCAGAAUGCAGGCAAAAGAAAAAACUGGGGGAAGGCUGUUCAACAAACCAGGACUGCACUUCCAGUGACUCAAAUUCAGAGUGCAGUGGUAACAAAUGCCAGUGUCAGUCCUCCUACUAUGAUGACAAUGGAAACAACGCUGAAGGAACGUGUGCAUCAAAGGUAAACCUUGAAGGUACAUGUACCGCAGCAACAUCAGGCUCCGGUGACCCAUGUAAUACAAAAUUUGCAGUGUGUACUGGACGUCGAUCUUCCUACACCUGUAAAUGUCAGGGAGGAUAUUACAAGUCAGGUGGAAAUACUUGCAGUAAAGUUGGGGUAGCUCUUAGGUCUAGCUGCACCAUACCUACUUCUGAAAGUGGAACAACUAUAACGGACGCCUGUAAAAUUACAUUUGCUGAGUGUAUGGCAACCAGUGAUGCAUCAACUACAACAUGUCAGUGCACUGCUACACACUAUACAUAUGGAUCAGAAUGCAGGCAAAGGCAGCAAUUAGGUGAAAUUUGUUCUAGCCAUAAGGACUGCAUUUCCUUUGACAAAAAAUCAAAGUGCGGCACUAGUCGCACAUGUCAGUGCCAAACCAAUUACUAUGACAGUGAUGGAAGCAUUAAUGUUGGAGGGACAUGUACAUCAAAGGUUGGUCUUGGGUCUGCUUGUCCUCGACCAGAUGCUUGUUAAACUACAAAUUCAAUUUGUUCUAAAACAAAUGUCUGCAUCUGUGAUAGAACUCACUAUGAUACUAAUGGGGUCAAUGCAUCCGGUGGAGUUUGUGAUACAAAGCUUCCUCUGGAUUCACCUUGUCUACAGCCAGAUGCCUGUGCUACAGCUCACUCAGUGUGUCUUCAAAAGAAGUGCCAGUGUUCUGAAAAUUAUUACAAUACAAAUG